CACUGGUUGUGUUUUCGGCUGUAAAGUUCUAAACAAAAGCGGAAGAAAAAUUUGCUAAAUUUUCAAUUCAUAAAUAAAUAGUGAAAUCGCCGGCUUAUUAGUGUCGUUUGCUGAUAAUAAAAUCAGAUAGCAAUGUCGGAUUGUCUGACAUGUGCCAAGCUCACUGAGGGCGUCGAUCAAUCGCUCGCGAUUGUUGCGAACAAAAAAAUUCAAAAUGCAUUGAGCAAGCAUUUUUGGUUUGGUGAAAACCAAUACCUCAAAAGUACCAUAUGUUAUCCAUGCUGGCACAAGAUUGAAGACUUCCAUCGAUUCUAUUGUGAAGUCGAAGAGCUACAUUCAAAACAGUUAUUUCCCCACAUACAGUUGCUGGAGUUGAAACAAGAGAAUGCCGAGCCUGAUUUCGCUCCGGAACAAUCCGAUGAUGAUGUUGAGUGUGUGGUCGAAAGUGAAGAUCCUUGCGACGUUGGCGAACAAAAAAUCAUUGAAUCACAGCCUGAAAUUAGGGAAACAGUUAAACGUCCCCGAUUGCAGAAGAAUGAACUGGAUGUGGUUCAGGAGUACGUAUCGCAAAAUGUGAUUUUGGACUGCGACACAUGCUCCAAACGAUGUACAACGUUUGAAACUUUACAAAGGCAUUCCAUGAUGGAACACGCGAGGAAAGCAACUGUGCUGUGUUGCAAUCUCAAAUUUACGAAUACUUACCGAUUCGUAGACCAUAUGAGGUUCCACAUGGAUCCAAGCCAAUUCAAAUGUUCUCAUUGCACCAAGGAGUUUGGAAACAGAGAGGCACUCAAAAGACACACCCGACUUGCUCAUGCCUACGAGCAACAAAAAACUACGAGUGCUAAGGAAGAAGAUGAGCCCAACGAAACCAAUACUGCAACUGUAGUCGAUGAGUCAGUUCGCGAGGAUCAAAGUACCGAUGAGUCAAGCGAGAAGGUGCAAAGUGGGAAUGAGCCAGAGGAUAUGGCACAUAGUGACGAUGUGCCAGGCGAUACGGUGCAAAGUGACGGUGAACCAGGUGACAAGGUGGAAAUCGAAGAUGAAUCAGAUGAUGAGAAAUCAAUUGACAAUGAUCCAAGUGACAACGAUGAAGACUAUGAGCAGGAAAGCGAUAGUUCUGUAGAAUCAAUCAGUUCCGGAAGUGAUGAAGACUACGAUGCGGAUAAUUCUAAACGAAACGAAAGAAAACUUAGAAAAUAUACGAAGACGUCGGAAGAGGAAUCGGUUGCGAUUCAGGAAUAUGUGUCGAAAAAUUUAACACUGAAUUGUGAUACAUGUUCAGAGCGAUACACAAUAUUCAAAGACUUGCAGAGGCAUUCUCUUGAUACACACGGGAAGCCAGCAACUGUACUCUGCUGCAAUAGAAAACUUUUGAACAGCUAUCGUUUCGAUGAUCAUAUCCGAUAUCAUUUGAAUCCAGAUCGAUUUGAAUGUUCCCAGUGCUCUAGAAAAUGUCCCAAUCGGGAAGCACUGAGCAGACACAUUCAAACAAAGCACACACCAGACGAAGAAAAGACGCAUGCAUGUGAAGUGUGCAACAAGAAAUUCACUACAAAACAUAAUUUAACAAAACAUGCAUUAAUCCACGAGGAAUCAGUUCAAAAACCAGCUCGGAAACGUCGCUUGCGGGAAACUGCAAAACACGAUAAGAUGAUUGCAGAAAAUGUUACAUUGGAGUGCGAUUCGUGCCAGGAAAAACACACCUCGUUCGUGACAUUGCAACAACAUUCAAAGGCAGAGCAUAAGAAACAUGCCGUUGUUUUCUGCUGCGGUUUGAAGUUUCACAGGAAACCACUGCUCAUCGAUCAUCUUUACUUUCAUCUGGAACCAACCAGGUUCCAGUGUAAAAUCUGUCAUAAAAAUUUACAUCACACUCGAUCUCUGAAGUGGCACAUGGACAAAUACCACGCACCGGAGGAAUCAAGAACACUCCAAUGCAGUAAGUGUCCGAAGAUGUUCACUCACCAAAGAUUCUUGGUGCUUCACGAACAAUAUCACAACCGAAAAUGGCACUGUAAAAUCUGUGAUAAACGAUUCAUCUAUGAGGCCGUCCUAAAGCAGCAUCACAAAUCAGUGCAUACCAAAGAGCUACAGUACGUGUGCCACGUGUGCGCUAAGACGUUCCACAUUUACUCUUCAUACCGGUCACAUUUGCUAACGCAUGACGAAUCGGCCAAGAAGAAACCACAGAAACCUCGGGUACAGUGUCAAAUUUGCAACACCUGGACCUUGAAGCUGUCCCGUCACAUGCGGUUGCACGCAGGAACACGAACUUGCGAAAUUUGCGGCGAGGAGUGCAAGAAUCAUUUUACGUACCGGUAUCACAUGAAGAAUCACCAAACGGGUGACUUCAUCUGCUCGGUAUGUGGCAAGAGCUUCAAGAGAGAAAUCGGAUGGAAGGAACACAUGGCAUCGCACACGGGUGAUGUGCUGUACAGUUGCGAUUUUUGCGACCGAACAUUCAACUCGAACGCCAACAGGGCGUCACAUCGCAAGAAGAUGCACCCGCAGCAGUGGCUCGAGGAUAAGUUGAAGAAGAGGGCGGCAAAAAUGGCUCCGGUUGAUGAACCGGCGCAGUCGUGAAACGGAUUGAAAUAUUGAUUCCGAUCAUGGUUAUGAAGAUUCCCCGAUAAAACUUUGUACAAAAAUGAGCUGAAAACUGAACUUUAAGUGACAUGCAAUCUCGAAGUAA